GGCCUUUUACAGAGGAGACUAUAAGCCCCAGAGGAGGCUUCCUGGGCCCAGUCCAGGCAAGCAGGAAGGGACAUGGCAGCUCUGCAGGAGAAGAAAUCAUGCAGCCAACGCAUGGCUGAAUUCCGGCAUUACUGCUGGAACCCGGACACAGGGCAGAUGCUGGGCCGCACCCCAGCCCGGUGGGUGUGGAUCAGCCUCUACUAUGCCGCUUUCUAUGUGGUGAUGACUGGGCUCUUCGCUUUGUGCAUCUAUGUGCUGAUGCAGACGAUAGAUCCCUAUACCCCAGACUACCAGGACCAGCUAAAGUCACCGGGGGUGACCUUGAGACCUGACGUGUACGGGGAGAGAGGUCUGCAGAUUUCUUACAAUGUCUCUGAAAACAGUUCCUGGGCCAGCCUCACACACGCCCUCCACAACUUCUUAGCAGGUUACACACCACUGUCACAGCAGGACAGCAUCAACUGCACCUCUGAGAAGUACUUUUUCCAGGAGAGCUUCUCGGCUCCCAACCACACCAAAUUCUCCUGUAAGUUCACUGCUGACAUGCUGCAAAAUUGCUCAGGCCUGGUGGACCCCAACUUCGGCUUUGAGGAGGGAAAGCCAUGCUUUAUCAUUAAAAUGAACAGGAUUGUCAAGUUCCUCCCCAGCAACACCACCGCCCCCCAGGUGGAUUGCACCUACCAGGAUGAGCUCCGAAAGCCACAGCGGGACCUGAAGCCCCUGCAGGUGGAGUAUUACCCACCCAACGGCACCUUCAGUCUCCACUACUUCCCCUACUACGGCAAGAAAGCACAGCCCCACUACAGCAACCCCCUGGUGGCAGCAAAGUUCCUUAACAUCCCUAAGAACAUAGAAGUCCUCAUCGUGUGCAAGAUCCUGGCAGAUCAUGUGACCUUCGACAAUCGCCAUGACCCAUAUGAAGGGAAAGUGGAAUUCAAACUUACAAUUCAGAAGUAAGAAGCAGGAGCUGGUGUCCACACCACACCUGCAGCUGCUCCACCGGCCUCUCCUCCUUGACCCACAUCCUCUACUG